AAUUUUACACUGGUCUUAUUUGUUGACAUUUUCACUUGCAUUUAAUCGAGAGUGUCGGAGUUUUUCACAAAAAGUAGCAAACAAGAACACAACAAUAACGUUUAUAUAGUAUAACAAUAAAUAACACCAAAUAAAAAAUUAAGACACUUGAAUAUAGUAUACGAAGCUAUGAACAAAACCUCCAUGGUAUCCAUAAAAAACUAGACAACGAAUAGAAAAAAGUCGUCGCAACUGCAAUUCCCCCCAUUCCGGGUUCAACAAACACCAACAAUGACGACGACCAAUAAUCCCCCUCAACCAACGCAAUAUAAUUUUAAGGUGGUACUGCUCGGCGAAGGGUGCGUUGGCAAAACAUCGAUUGUUUUGCGCUAUGUCGAAGACAAAUUCAAUCCGCAACACAUUAGCACUUUACAGGCCUCAUUUCUAACGAAAAAAGUUAACCUUGACAAUGGCAAUAAAGUGCAAUUGAAUAUAUGGGACACAGCUGGACAGGAGCGAUUUCACGCACUGGGUCCCAUCUACUAUCGUGGUUCGCAUGGUGCUAUCUUGGUGUAUGACAUCACCGAUCAAGAUUCAUUCCAGAAGGUGAAAAAUUGGGUAAAGGAAUUGAAACGUAUGUUGGGUUCGGAGAUUAUCUUAACUAUUGCUGGCAAUAAAAUCGAUUUGGAAGAGCAGCGAACCGUACAGGAGGACGAUGCGGUGGCCUAUGCGGAAAGUGUGGGUGCCCACUACUUCGAGACAUCAGCAAAAACCAAUGAAAACAUAGAUGAACUGUUUAUGGAAUUGACAAGACUUAUGGUACAACAUGCCCAGCAGAACAAUCAAAAGCAAAGGGCCAGUGCCCAACAACAAUUCGGCCAAAGACGUUUAAUAGUUGAAGAUUCACAGGACGGCAUGGACGAUGGUAUGAGUUCACAAGUGCCUGAUGGUAGUCGUUCGUGCUGUGGUUGAAUGCCCACACCGCUGCCGCCGAUGCUGCUAAUCUAACAACUAAAAAGUAAUUUUUAAUCUUAAGUAUAAACCAAAAGAACAAUAUUCCAUAAUGUGACCGAUGAGUGGAAGCAAUGACGUUGGAAAGGGAUAAACUGCGGAAAGGAUUGAAUCAUAGUUCGAGAAAUCUUUCAAGUGAAACAUCUGCAGCCCAAAAAAGGAUUUAAGAAACGUUAUUGAGUAUUUAGAGAGAGUGCUUUGAUUUAAUGGUGUAAGAACCCCUCGAUAAUUAGUUGGAAAAUGUUAUCAAAAGAAGUCCCAGGGUCAUGGACAAGGGUAUCAAAAGUUAUUCCAGGGCCAUGAUAAAAAGUCCACAAUUCCCGAGGUACGAACCUAUUUAUACUGUCUUAUAGUUUUUAAGACCUAUAAAGAUAUUGCCUAGAUGACUGAUGUCUUAUAUUUCGGAAAGGUGACUUCCUCAAAAUAUUAAUUUCGAUUGAAUUAGGACCUCAAGGGAUUCACUAAAUGUUAUUCGUCGAGCUUUAAAACAAUGAGAAGUAUGCAAGUGUACUUUCAGAAGUUUUAAGGUCAUAAUUCCAGCAGAUCUAGAAAAAAUUGAAUUUUUUUUAAGCAGUUUCUUGUUAGAGUGAUCCUCGAGGGUACCCUAAACUAGACUUUAGCCUAGAAUACUUUCUAGACCAAAAGCCAUUGUCCCAUAAAAUAUUUGUCGAAUAACUUCAUUUUCAAUGAGCCCCAAAACUAAGGUGACCUAUUGAAUUUAUACAUUGCAAAUUUUAAUUUCCAGUUGUGUGUCUCUCGGAAACAAAUAUUUUCAAUCGAAGGCUCCAAUUUCUAAACUUCGUUCCCUUGGGAAAGUAAUCUAUUGAAACGUAAAACAGGGGCCACAUUAGAUUUCUGUCAUAUCAUCGUCACAAUAUCUCUUAAAAAAUAGAUUACAAAACAAAAGUAUGUACAUAUGUAGAAGUAUUAUUAAGACAAAACUAUGAUUCACCUAUCUACUAAAGGCAUUAGCGCAAGCAACAAAAACAAUUCAACCCACAUAAAUAAUAUGUGGGUACUUUGGGGUACGCAUGAUGGGAUAUUGUUUUCAUGAAAAAUAAAUUAACAAAUUAUGUGAUAAUGUAUUAGAAAAACAAACAAACAACAAAACAUAUUUAAGUAUAACAAUUUUUUUGUGUAUCUUUGUUAAUAUUUGUUAUAUUUUAUUAUUAUUAUAAUAAUAUAAUUUGUUUUCGAUAUUUUUUCUUCUUCGUCUUCAAUGUAUAAUACAACAGCAAAAACAAUGUAAGGAAAUUUUUUUAAAAAAAAUAUUCCUUUGUAUGACUUUUAUGAUUAGUAAGAAGCUUUAGCUUAUUUUUCUUGGAGAAUAAGGAAGAGAACGAAAACAACUGAAAAUAUCUUUUGUCAUUGUGUAUAUUUAAACCAAUAGCUUAUCUUUAAGAUAAUGUUUGUCAUUUUAUCUUACUCUCCUAUUACUUAUGUAUAUCCCAAAAUAAAUAUAACAAUCAACAAGUA